AUGAGAAGUAAUGAAGCAGAGGCAUUCGAUACAGAAAGUGAGGAAAUGGAAACAUAUAAUGCGCCAGCACAAGAAGAAACUGUAAACCUAUCAGAAGAUGAACUAAAGCGGUAUGUGAAAUUUAGAAGAACGGGGUUUAACAAAGGAGGCAUCAGAAAGUUUGUAAGCCAAGUGCUUGACCAGACAUGCAAUCCAAACUUUUCAAUUGUGCUCAGCGGUAUUGCCAAAGUGUUUGUUGCUGAAAUGGUUGAGGAGGCAAAGGACGUGCAGGAAGAGUGGAAUGAUGGCGGAGAACUUCUUCCUUCGCACAUACACGAGGCAUACAGAAGGCUUUCAAAGAAGAUCCCAAAUAUGGAGUGA